UGGCUCUUGAUUUCAAAACCAAUAGGUUUCACGUACUAAGGAGAUUCUCCUCUAAAGUUUAUAAAGCAAACAGAAAAUUAUCGGCUAUGUGGGUGCACGUAAAUGGGUGCCAUUGCUCUCAGAUCUGAUCCAGUGAAACUGUUAGUAAUAUUUUAGCUACAGGUUCGUGAAUCCAGGGAAGAAGAAGAAGAUAAAUAAAAAGAGUGUGGCCAUAAUUAUUAUAAGAGCAUUUAUGAAAUAGAUAAAGUGGAUUUUUAGUAGUUGUGAAAUUUAAAUGCAAAUAAAGGGCUUAUAAAAACCCUCGUGGGAUUUUGACGUUUUCAUCAUCUACUAAGAGUUCACACCCAUUGAAUAUUAUACUAGGAAAUGGUAACUGGAACUAGGAAAGCUGUUUUAAUAUCUUUUUGCCUUUGUGUUUUGGUGGGGAGUGUGGUUGCGAGGAAUGUAGUGACUAUAAGCAAGGACAACGAGGAGAAAAAAUUCAUAGGUUUAGGGAAGGGAGGAGGAUUCGGGGGUGGCUUUGGUGGAGGUGGAGGUGGAGGUGCUGGUGGUGGUGGGGGCUUUGGUGGUGGUGCUGGUGGCGGUGGAGGGUCAGGAGGUGGAGCUGGUGGGGGCUUUGGUGGUGGAGCUGGAGGAGGUGGGGGAUUAGGAGGUGGAGUUGGUGGUGGUGCAGGCGGAGGAGCUGGAGCUGGUGGAGGUGGGGGAUUAGGAGGUGGUGCUGGUGGUGGUGGUGGUGUUGGCGGAGGAAAGGGUGGUGGCAUUGGUGGUGGAAUAGGCAAAGGUGGUGGUGCUGGUGGGGGUUUUGGUAAGGGAGGAGGCAUUGGUGGUGGGGGUGGUAAAGGUGGUGGAAUAGGUGGUGGCAUAGGCAAAGGAGGUGGAUUCGGUGGAGGAGCUGGUGGUGGCAAAGGCCAUGGUAAAGGUGGAGGAAUUGGAAAAGGUGGUGGAAUAGGUGGAGGAUUUGGUAAAGGUGGUAGAAUAGGUGGUGGUGCUGGAGGUGGCAAAGGUGGUGGAGUAGGUGGAGGAAUUGGCAAAGGUGGUGGCAUAGGCGGUGGUGUUGGAGGUGGCAAAGGUGGUGGAGUAGGAGGAGGUUUUGGAGGAGGUGGGGGAGGUGGAAAAGGUGGAGGCAUUGGAGGUGGGAUUGGUGAAGGUGGUGGAUUUGGUGGCGGUGUUGGAGGAGGUUCUGGUGGUGGAUUCGGAAAAGGUGGAGGGUUUGGAGGAGGGUUUGGUGGUGGAGGAGGAGGUGGUAGUGGCGGUGGAUUUGGAGGCGGUUGGGGUGGUGGUGGUGGUGGUGGAGGAAUUGGACACCACUAAGCAUCAUUCACGUUGCAUGCAUGCAAAGAGCAGUAACGUGAAGCAGUAAUAUUUAUUAUCCUAAAGUUUUUAUUAAUGAUUUUAUUCGAAUUUGAUGAAACAUUUUAUAUUAGUAAUAAUUAUUUCAUAUUAUCAUGUAUUAUGCUAUCUAUCUUCUUUACUUAAUUAUAAAUUGCUUUUUUAAUA